UGGAAGUUGUAGGUGAAAUGAGUGUGUGAUGUAGGUGAAAUAAAUAAAUGUUGUAAUUUUAAUACAUUGGUUAACAUUUAUUUCACUGAAAUUUCGAUGUCUACAGAGAGCUCAUAUGUUGUUGUCUCCUUCAGUCAAGGCAUUGAGAAGAUAGCUUGGGACGCUUCAGGAGAGCGAUUGGCUUUAUCUUUUAAAGACGGCGGUGACCUAUACAGGGGUCUUAUUGCCAUUUACGACGUUAGGAGUACUCUAAUAUCUGCAUCAUUGAUUGGGUUUAUUAGAGGACCCGGUGACGAUCCAAAACCUGUGGCAUUUUCAUUUCAUGACAAGUUUAUUAGUGUUGGAGUAGUGGAUUUUGCUGCACCUACCCUCUCAUAUUUCGUUCGCAUCUUCUUCCCUAGUUUGUUACUACAAACGCCGGAUUUUCCAGCGACGAGACUUCAUAGCUUCUUUGUAGAGACUACUGUAAGGUGUGAUUAGCGGUUCCAACAAAGAUAAACCGUUUUAGUUGGAUUAUUUCAUAUAAUUAUUUACAUGGGAAUAGUUUGUUUUUGAUUACACUGGGACUGAGUUACUUGAGUCACUCGACUGACUACAUACUUCAUACGAUAUGAUGUUUAAAUAGAA